CUCUCCGCGCCUCUCUCCCACACUUGGCUUCCCCUCCUCCUCCCCCUCCUCCCCUUUGAGCCCGGCCCCCUCUCCUCCCGUGGCUCUUCUCUGGCUGACCCCUUCCCGCCAGGGCAGCUUGCCUCCGUUGCCUCUCGCGCCUUCGAGAUGGAGAUCUCAGUCCUUCCGAAUUUCCUGACCCUCUUCAUGGUCCGGCGUGAGGGGCUUUCCCGCUGUGCCUAUGUUCUCCAACGGGACUUGCUUUUUCCGCGCAGUAACAACACCUUCUUGACGGUGAUCGAAACGCCGGAUGCCUCGAUCUCGGUCGUGGUCGACUCAUCCACCUUUGAGAAGCACAUUCGCCCGGUUUUCCCCUCACUUCGUACUCCGAUCUCCGAGUCAACCGCCCAUGUGGCCGACUGCCCACCCAGCGAGUGGAUUGAUGUGUGCCCGAUCAUCUGGCGGCCGAUCCAUGUUGUUCUCGGCGAAAAUGGGCUUUCCGAAACCGGUGUGGUGCACUCCAUGGCGGCUCCCUUGGCGGAUGGGGGCAUUUCCAUCCUGCAGAUCUCCACCUUCGAGAGUGACAUGUGCCUGGUGCCGGAGGAUCGGCUUUUCGAUGCGGUGAUGUGCCUGCGCGGGUCGAGCCACGUCCGGGAAAUCUGGCUCCCGGACAGCGAUCUCGGCCUCUUCGACCCGGGGUCACGGCAUCAAAUGCCCGGGAUGCCGGGGUUCUGCUUGCACGGUCUGGCAGCCCCGAAUACGGCCACCUCCACCGGCCUGAGCACCAUGGCCUCGACCCCGGUGGCCGGCAUGGACCCGGUGGCCUCGGACGCGGCCUUCCUGGCGGCCGUCAACGGCUCAGGCGCCGGGGCGCCGCUGCUGUCUCCACCAAACUCGGCCGGGCCUCGGGUGUCAAUUGGCGCGAGCGCGAUUCCCACCCCGGCCACCGCGGCCACCUCCAUCUCGCCAUCCACCUCCUCAUCGCUGUCCCUCUCUUCUCCCUCGCCAUCGGUUUCCUCCUCGACCUCUUCCUCUUCCUUGACCACGCCGGCCAAUGGGCUGGUGGUGGCUGUAGGCCCCGGGUCCACUGGUGCUGCUCUUCCAGCGAGGGCUCUCGCCAGCGCCGGCGCGCCUGGCCCCAGUGACCUGGAUGCCCAGGUGUCUAGCAUCACUGGCGACCUGCCGGCCAUGACCAUCUCCCCCUCGGACGCACAUGGUCCCCAAGUGCCGGAUUCGGCCACGGCCGACCGGUCACAGCAACAGACCAUGGUGGCGGUGUGCCGAAAUUUGCCAGAGCCCCAGCCGACAGACGCCCUCUCGACGGACCCGAAGUCCGCGGUGACCGGCGGGCGAGUUGCCCCCUUCAGCGGUCUGGCCAGCUCGUCGCUGCAGGCGGCCCUGUCAGCGGCGACCAUUCUCCCGGCCAAGCCCCAGGCACGCGAUCCAACCUCCCUCGGGGUGGGAGCCCUGCCCACGGCCGAACAAUCGCUUCCCCCCUCCGGCAGCAUGUCGGUGAUGAUCCCGACGAGUGUCGGACCGGCCGGGCAGGCGACUCCGGCCUCCGUGCCGGCAUCCCCCCUCUCGGGCCAUCCCACAGCGGCGGCGGCGGCGGCGGCGGCGGCGGCGGCGGCAACAACCCCGGCGGCAACGCCGGCCACAGCCGGGACCACAUCCCAGCAUGGGUCCCAUGCUUUGGCCGGCAGCUCGGCCAAUUCCUCUCCCCGGACAUCCUUCUCGUCACAUGGGCCGGCUGGGUCGGGCCGAAAUUCGGGCAGCUUCCUGCCGGGCCUGUCUGGAGCCGGUGCCAUGGUGCGGCCUCCCUCGCCAUUGGUGGCCAUGGCCUCCGGGAUAGUGUCGGAACCGGGUCCCGCCGAUGCGGAUCCCCUCUCGCCCGUCCCGUAUGAGGUGCCUCUGGGGCUGGCUGCUCCCACCUCCGCGGGGCCUCCCUCGGGAGGGGACGAUCUGCUGCUGGCCCGCUCGCUCCCCGUGAUCCCGCCGCCUCUGGCCCAGGCAGUUGGUAGCCCGCCUUUCCGGAAGGCGGCGGUCGAGGUGACCACCUCGGACUUGCUGCUGGCCUCGAUCUUGCCGAACUUCAAUGACCAAGUGGGCGGGCCGCUUCUGCGUCUGAUGUUCUUCCCUGAUCGCUUGACUUUGCCACGCUUUUGCUCCAUCGCACGGGUAUCGGGCACUCUGUCCCUGGUGGCCGAUUCGAACACCCUUUGGGGCUCCUCCAUCCCUCCGGCUGCGCUUUCCGUGUACAAUAUUCCCUGGAAGGCAUGCAAGUUUGCCGAUGGACCGCUGGGGUUCGAGGAGGUUGGCAUUGUCAAGGAGUACACCGAGGCCCUGGCCACCGCACGAGUACCGAUCUUCUACAUGUCCACCUACCUGACGGACUACAUUUUGGUCCACUCAACAGACCUUCGCCGGGCCCUGGAGGCCAUCGACUCGCUCAGCUAGCGACCGGCCCGGGCCGGGGCGUGCUGCUGUUGGCCACCUCCUUUCCUGACGUCCCGUUGCCCAUCCCCUCCUUCAGGACCAAGAAGGGCCUCCCCCGACAAAUGGACAUGCGUUGUGGGGCGGUAAAUGGCGCUUGCUUCUUC